AUGCCAAGUCGGCGUACAUCGAUCGCUCAAGACAGCCAAUCCAACUACAACUUGCCACAUCACUACAACAGCAGACGAGUUUCUCUGAGGCGAACAAGUUUGGCGCACAGUUUGAGGACAGAAUGGUCGCACAACCAGCAGAUGAUUGGCAGGACAUUGGUCAGGUACGAAAACACUUACAGGUUGGAACCUUGCAGGAAGCCGCAGUUCGCCACGGUGGAACAGAGUCUUAAAAAAUUUCUCGACGAUCGUCUAGCCAUCUUAUCCACUUCGACUGCAAACACAACAACAAGCGCACGAGCUGUCGACAACACGUGCGACAUCAACAGCAUGUUUGUGGCUAGGAGGCUGGCAGAUGAAGUCAGACAAUACGUUAAAAGUUUUGACUAUCCGAGGUAUAAAAUAAUUUGCUUCGUCGCAAUCGGUCAAGAUAUCGGACAGGGAAUUCAAAUUUUUUUGCUUAAUUUAGAAAAAGUUCAAUAA